AUGGCUAUUUUCAAGCUUUUCUCCGUUGGAGUCCUCUCCGCUGCCGUCAUCACAAAGGUUCAAGCCAACGGCACCAAAGAUGGAUGUACCUUCUCUCUGUCCGCCUCUGGCGGAAUUGAGUGUCCAGCUGGCCAGCUUGACGAUGGCCAGAUCCGCCUCAACGGCAGCUAUCCCACUGCCGAGUUCACAAUCCGUGGCGAUAAGAUUUGGGACUCAGUUGGGCGCGGAUGCAUCGUCACUCCUGCACCCAUCACGCAGGUUCAAUGCGACUUGAACGCGGAACCAGCGCCGGGGUUCUCCAUCGACAGCUCCAACAAGCUGCUCUACCAGGGCUCAUCAGAGUUCUACGCCUGUCCGGCCACGGAUACUGAGUACAAUGUCUACAUCAAGCCUGAUUUUGGCCAGACUAAGUGCUUUGCCGUGACUCUGACAGCCAGCGGCUGCGGCUCGGCACCGCCGCCGCCGCCGCCACCAACUUCGGCUCCGACGUGUCCAAGUACUCAGCCUCCUUCUACUGUCACGGAGACGACUACCUGCACCGUCACUCAGGCGGUCACGGUUUCCGGAAACGCCUCAACCGUUUCUGUUACGGGGCCUGUUUCUACCGUCUCUGUUUCGGGUGUUGGCUCAACCACCACAGAGACGACAACUUGUACGGUGACUGACACGAGCACGGUCACCUCGAUGGGCACCGUGACGAGCACGCUGCCCUGCAACUCUACCUCGAUCUCCUCGACCAGCAAGAUCUGCAACAAGUGUCAGAGCCACAAUAGCACGACAACUCCAUCUUGGACAACUUCAACUACGGUCUGCCACAAAUGCAUGGGCACAGGCACAGGCACUGGUGGGCCGUACCCGACCGGCGGCAACUCGACGUGGUCGUGGUCGAUGCCCACGAGCAUGACUACAAGUGGUUCGUCAUCUUCAUCCUCGUCCACGAGCAUGACUACGAGUGAAUCGUCAUCCUCAUCCUCGAUGCUGUGGAAGUAA